GAGUGAAACGUCUGCAACAGUUCACUAGUGUACACAAUGUUUUCUUACUGGAGAUUCUAGAUUUGAAGACAACAAAGGCAUUUCAUUGAAAAGAUUAUCCUGUCUUAUUUGAUCUCAUUCAUAAUUUUAUUCCUAAUAUAAUGGCUUUUGUUGAAUCAAAAUCAGACAAUGAAUGUGCGAGAACAGAUGAUAAUAUCAGAACAAAGGACUUAGUUUCUAGUGGAAUAAAGGACCUGCAGAUUGAUGAUGAUAGUAUAUGUAUCAAUGAUGAGAAUAUAUCUUCAUCAGACAAGGAUCAGGAAAGUUUAAUAAAACAGUUUUAUGAUAGUUUGAAGGAGAAGGAAAAUAGUGUUACAUCAGUGACAUCAUUAGUUACUAAAUCAGCUGUGAAUGUGAAUCAUUUAUUUACUGAACAGUUUAUAGAAUUACCUUUCAAAGGUUGGACAGCCUUACAUUUUGUGUGUAAGAGAGAUGGACAGUUUGGACAUUCUCUUGUUAAGUGUCUUCUAGACCUCGGAGCUGAUCCUAAAAUACAAACUAAUAAAGGGGAGUCUGCGUUACUCAUUGCUUGUAAACAUGGGCAUUAUAGGUGUGUAGAAAUAUUACUACAGCAUGAUAAUACCUUGAAAGAUAUGCAGAAUAAUCAAGGGAUAACUCCCCUUAUGAAGGCAGUGUAUAGGUCAGAUACCUCAUUUAGAGAGAAAAGCUACAUGAAAACUAUUGAUUCUCUCAUUAUGGCAGGCUGUGAUGUUAAUCUAAGCCCACCAUCAAAUAUGACUCCUUUACAUGUUGUUGCAGGGAAAUGGCGUAGUACUGAUUUAGUGAAGAAAUUGAUACAUCACGGUGCUGAUGUGAACAUAAAUACUGAAAAAAGUAGUCCUUUAAUGACAGCUCUUUGUAGACAGAAAGUUAAUACAGAUACUGUGAUAGCUUUGAUUGAUUCUGGCGCUGAUGUUAAUUAUAAAAAUGACUACCACAAGUCAGUAUUGCAUGUUGCAGUGGCAAAAAGUGAAGAUAUUUGUGUGAAAAAUUUGCUCAGUGCUGGUGCACUAGUGAAUGUUCUAGAUUUGGAUGGCAAUUCACCACUUUGGAUAGCAGUGUCAGAUAAUAAUGCUACUAUCACAGAGAUGUUACUGAAACAUGGAGGUGAUGUUAAUUUUACCAAUAGAGACUACAAUAUGUCAUUGCUUUGUAAGGCUGCCUGUGAUAUUAAUAAUAAAUUGUUCCGCCUUCUUCUAGAUCAUGAUGCUGAUGUUGAUAUAGCAACAAAACUAGGUGCACCACCGUUACAUUAUGCUGUAGACAAUGGGGAUAUAGAGAAAGUGAAGCUUCUUCUAGCCAAGAACUGUGAUUUACAUGAAUAUUCCGCCUAUAAAGAUCUAUACAAUCCGAUGAAUGCAUUACAAAUAGCAUUUACCCAAAAUGAUGAGCGGAUGGUAAAGCUUCUAAUGAGGGCAGGCUUUCCUGUAGACGAACUUCAGAUAAAAUUAAGAUAUCUACCUAAAAGAAUGAGAGAAAACGAAGAAUUGAUUGAAUGGAUAUACAAUUUCUUUUAUUCCCCCAAAUCACUCCAGCAUAUAUGUCGGCUGAGACUGAGGAAUGCAUAUGGCAGAAACAUAGUACAUGUUGUGAAAACUCUUGUUGAAGAGAACAUUAUUCCACAGAGAGUUGCUGAUACUAUCUUACUGAAGGAUCUUCUCAGUCAUGAGAGGAAUAACCAAGAGGCCCUGUUUGAUUUAUAUGAUGAAUAAUCAGAUAAUCAUUAAAAAUUGAAAACAUUUUGUUCAUUGGAAAAAUAUCAGUAAAAUGUACAAUGCCAGUAACAAUCAAAACAUAUGUGAAACUACAAAGAAAGUAAAAGAGACAGAUGUCAAUAAUAUGCAAUGUCUAGGAGUGGAACAUUAACAAAUGGCAUAUUAUUGUAGCUGACUUAUUCUAUAUUUUUAUGAAUAUGCUAUUCUGGUUGUUUCAUAAGAUUUGGACAGGACCUGACACAAAAAAAUAGUAAAAAUAAUGAUAUAAUUUUAUAAAAUGAUGACAUAGCCAGUUGUAAAACAGGCUGAAAAAUAUACAGGUGACAGACUAUUCUUGUUUUCUGACAUCAAAGUGAAACAUUGUAUCAAUAUCUGUAGAUUCAAUUUUCUUUAACAGUUUUUUUGCAUAUUUUAGAAUUCCUAUUAUGUGAAAAUAUACAGAGAUUUCCAUAUAGCUAGAUAUUUUUUGCUAGAAAUUAUUAUUUGGAUUUGUAUGUAAGGGAAUUUCCACAGCGAGGUUGUGAAAUUGUAAGAGGGAAAAUAUCUCCAUUGUAUUCAGUAACUGGAUUUUUGUUUAUGAUAAGUUACAUGUAGUUAGUAAAAACUAUGUUUAUUCUCAAAUUAUUCUGUAUGCGGGUGUUUUGGUAUUUUUAAUUUUUUUAUCAAGAAAUAUUAAUAUCCAAGAUUUUUAGUUUAUGUAAUGUAGUAAAGUACAUGUAUACGAUAAUGAAUCAGGAAUAGUAUGCUAUCAGUUUAGGUAUAUACAUUUAUAAAUAGAUAUUUUGUUUUGUUUCUGUUGUUAUGUCAUUUUUAUCACUUUUAACUCUUUGUUAGUAAUGUCACUUUAAGUCAUAAUUAUGAUAUAAAUAGAGAAUACAUUCUAUUACAUAAAUGUGCUAUUUUAAUCACUUGCAUCAUUUAAGUAAAGUUGCAUCUCACAAACCAGUGAUAGGGAAUACAGUUUAAUGCAAUUAGGGAACAAUACAAUCCAACAGAACAGAACAUUCAUGUAAUUUCCUCUUUGUUAAUUCUUACAGGCUCUUAUUUUACUAUCAAACACUGAGAAUAGUAGAGCAUAUUGUCCUGUUGUCAGCUUUUGUUUUGUUUGCCUAUGAUAGUGAGUUUUUUCAUAUACAUAGUUCUGUGAAACUGAAAUGUUCUUGAAAAUGAAUUCAGUUGCUUAAGAACAACUGAGAAAUUUAGUUUUUCUAAGUUUAUGAAAUUUGUUUAGAAGUUUUUCUGAAGUAUUUAAGGCUGCCUUUAUCUGCUCAAUAAAUAUGUGAUAUUGCAAUAGAUUUUUAACUGAUUUAUGCAUUAAACUGUUAUUUAUAAAUACAGUAUGCAGUGAUUUAUAAAUAUGCAUGUAUGAUUGAUAGUGAUUUAUAAAUAAAUUAUACUUCAAUAAAUAAACGUCAGAUACCCACCGUUUAUUAACAUGUAACAAUACUGAUAAAUGUUAAUGGUUCGGCCUUGGGUAUCCGACGAUGAUUAUACUGUGCUU